AUGUGUGAUCCAUUUUUAUUCAUUGUCAUUUCUUUGCUCUUAUCUUCACCAUUUUCAUCCUCAGCACUUCUCAGGAUAAGCAAAGGCUCAUUUCUCUCUGUGGAUGAACCAAACGAUGUGUUGGUUUCAGCAAGCCGCGUGUUCUCUUCCGGGUUUUAUCCAGUGGGCGAUAAUGCCUAUUGCUUCGCAAUAUGGUUCAGUCAAUCGUUGGAUGAUGGGAGUCAUACAGUGGUUUGGAUGGCCAAUCGAGACCGACCAGUUAAUGGACAAAGUUCAAAGCUCACCUUGCUAAAAACCGGUAAUGUUGUCUUAAAAGAUGCCGACCGUCUCAUUGUUUGGACCACCAAAACCACCUCGGCUUCUUUGGUGCAAUUGGAACUUUAUGACACUGGUAAUCUUGUUCUCCAUACUUUGGAGGGUAAAAUUGUUUGGCAAAGCUUUGAUUCACCAACAAAUACUCUUCUUCCUCAACAGCUAUUCACGAGAAACACAAUACUUGUUUCAUCAAGAAGCCAAAGCAAUUAUUCUUCCGGUUUCUACAAGCUCUUUUUCGAUGAUGACAACAUACUCCGCCUUCUAUUCGUUGGUCUUGAAAUCUCCAGCAUUUAUUGGCCUGACCCGUGGCAGCGAGCAUGGCAAUUCGAAGUUGGAAGGUCCACCUACAACAACAGUAGAACUGCAAUACUCGAUCCUUCUGGCCAGUUCAACUCUUCUGAUCAUUUGAAUUUCUCAGCAACAGAUUUGGGCACAGGGCCUAAGAGAAGAUUGACGGUUGAUGUUGAUGGCAAUCUUAGAUUGUAUAGUCUAAAUGAGAAGUUGAGAGCUUGGGUUGUUUCAUGGCAAGCCAUGUCCAACCCAUGCACCAUUCAUGGCAUUUGUGGGCCCAACAGUCUCUGCACUUAUGCUGCUGAAAGCGGUCGGAGUUGCAAAUGCCUACCAAGACAUAAGAUGAAGAAUCACACAGAUUGGUCUUAUGGCUGUGAACAAGAUUUCAAUUUCUCUUGCAACAAUGAUGAGGCUGUUUUCAUCAAACUUCCUCAUGCUGAUGUUGCAUCCUAUGGCUAUGAUUUUGGGUACUUCCCAAAUCAAACCUUAGAGUGGUGUAAAGUGAAGUGUUUGCAAGAUUGCAGUUGCAAAGGGCUUCAAUUCAAAUUUGACGAAGCAAGAGGUUACUAUCUCUGUUACCCCAAGACUAAGUUACUCAAUAUUAAUGGGUAUGGCUCAAUGCAAUUUGGAGAUUCCAUAUACAUAAAAUUGCCCAAAUCUAAUCUCUCCUCCUAUGAUAAGCCCACUGAAGAAUUCGGAUUAGAUUGCUCGCGCCAAGUUACAACACGGCUCGACAGAACUUACAAGAAGAAGCAAGACAAUGGAACCGUAAAGUUCCUGCUCUGGUUCGCUUGUGGAUGUGGAGGAGUUGAGAUCAUCGGUUUCUUGUUCGUUCAAUAUGUAUUGUUUAGAAACCGUCAAGUCUCUGGUGCAACUGAGAAUGGUUACCUUCAAAUCGCAACCGGAUUCAAAAGAUUCACCUAUGAUGAGCUUAAGAAGGCGUCACGCAAUUUCAGUGUAGAAAUCGGGAGAGGAGGUAGUGGUGUUGUCUAUAAAGGCACAUUGUCGGACAAUAGAGUUGCAGCAAUCAAGCGUCUCAGCGAAGCUAACCGAGGAGAAGCGGAAUUUCUAGCAGAAGUGAGCACAAUUGGGAGGCUUAAUCACAUGAACUUGAUAGAGACGUGGGGUUAUUGUGCGGAGGGAAAACACAGACUUUUGGUGUAUGAGUACAUCGAGCAUGGAUCUUUAGCAGAAAAUCUAACUUCCAAUACUCUUGAUUGGAAGCAGAGGUUUGAAAUCGCAUUGGGUACUGCAAAGGGUCUAGCUUAUUUACAUGAAGAGUGCUUGGAGUGGGUUUUACACUGUGAUGUAAAGCCUCAGAACAUACUAUUAGACUCUAAUUACCAUCCAAAAGUUUCAGAUUUUGGCCUGUCUAAACUCUUGAACAGAGGAGGCAUUGAUAAUUCAAUCUUCUCUAGGAUAAGAGGUACUAGAGGUUACAUGGCUCCUGAAUGGGUUUUUAAUCUGCCCAUCACCUCCAAAGUUGAUGUUUACAGCUACGGGAUCGUCAUGUUGGAAAUGAUAACUGGAAGGAGCCCAACCAGUGUCCAGACAAUGGAUGACAAUGGGGUGAUGGAGCAGAGAAGAUUGGUCACAUGGGUGACGGAGAAGAUGGACGGAGCUACAGAAAAUGCAGCGUGGAUUGAAGAAAUUGUAGACUGUAACAUGGAUGGUGAAUAUGACAAGGGUAAGAUGGAGCUUCUGGUUAGAGUUGCUCUGCAAUGUGCUGAUCAGGAAGACAAGGAUGCAAGACCCACCAUGAGUAAGGUAGUGGAGGUACUUCUAGGCCAUGAAAAUGAUGACUUUUAAAAGUCAGUCCUUGGAUUAUAUAUAUUCUAUAAUUCUGAGUAUGUUAAGAUGUUUGUAUAUUGGUUUCCAGAA